AUGGAGGGCGACAAGCCAGUCUACAUCAAUGCGCAGAACCUGAAGCGGCACUGCACGUAUGCACAACCGAGGAGUACUAUCCGCAAGCUCGCGGCAGGAUACAAGAAAGCUGGUUCGCAGAAAGAAGAUGCAGUCUGUCUGCAUAAUUUCAACGACGUGAGUGAAAAGAGAAGGCAAAUUGGGGUUGACAUCUGGAGGCAGGUGGCUGAUCUGAUUUUAGAUCAACUAUCCUAUCGUUGUCAAUGGCUUCGUUGCCUUUGCUGGUAUUAGUUGGUAUUUACUCUGGUACGAAUCCUUCCUACCAACAAUGCGAGCUGUCACAUGCUAUCAAAGCCGCGAGCAUCAAAUUUCACUUCUCAUGAUCGAGUCGGAGAUUCUGAAGCAAGCAGAUGAUGCUGGCAUUCCCGGGGGAAGCAUCCUGAUAUUCGACAAUAGGGAGGUCAGAAGGUACUUGAAGGCUUGAAGUCGUGGAGAUCGUUGUUAGAGCACGGCGUAUAUCGUCAAGCAGGAUAACGAAGAGGGCAAGAAGCUGGAUGCCAAGGCGGUCAUGGAGUAUUUGGCAAGCCGCUUAGCGAGGUUCAAGAGACCAGACGGUGGUGUUGUAUUCCUGGACGAGAUUGUGAGUGCAUCUAUGCAAAAAAUGCCCGCCUCAUGGUGCUGACAUUCCCCUUUUCAGCCCAAGAUCCCCUACGGGAAGAUUUCGGACAGAGGCCUCGCGUGA